AUGGCCGCCGGCAACGUCGUCUCCUCGGCCGCCAAGUCUAAAGCCGGCGAGCUGCUGGCCUACGGUCAACGUCAAGUCGACAGGGUCGUGAGCCCGUUCACGCGGCAGCAGGCUUAUGACUGGGUUCGUCGCCUGGCUAUCGAAAGACCUAUUCUAUUUUCCUUCGUUUCCUUCCAGCUCUUCCUCUCUGCCGUCCCCCUGUUCCUCUUCAUCAGCUUCGCCACGAGCACCGUUGCCUUCGCGCUCGUCGCCGCCGUCGUAUUCAUCCUCUUCUGGGUUGGUGUAGCCACCCUCUUCCUCGUGCCGACCCUCUUCCUUACCUUCAGCGUUGCCCUGCUGCUCUGGACCUGGUCCGCCGCCGCCUUCUUUUCCGGUCGUUGGAUCUACAGCCGGCUGCCGUCUAGCCCCGACGGGAAGGCCGGUGGUGUGAAAUUGACUAAUGGGGUCAAGAAGGUCAAGACGGAGGCCGAUACGGCUGAGGCUGAAGAGUAG